AUGCUCGUACGAGUCAACACUCUACUCCACAUAUACUCAGGUAUCCGAUUCGAGAUCCUCGAAGCGAUUACGAGUCUCCUCAAUCACAACAUCUCUCUUUUGCUUUCACUCCGGAACCAUAACUGCUUCCAGCGAUCUCGUCCUCUCUCUUACAUCGCCGGACUCCUCACCGCACGUCCUAACUCCAACGCCAAUGUUCAAGCGGUGUUAGCUGAGGUUUUAUCCGUGAUCUUCACGGAGGUGAUGAGUGGGAAGCCUGAGUUCACCGAUCAUCUGACUCAUCGUUUGAAGCAUCACCCUGGACAAAUCGUAGCGGCGGCGAUAGUGGAGCACAUCCCCGACGGAAACUCUUACAUGAAAUUAGCUCAUAAGCUUGAAGACAUGGAUAUGUUGCACGAAAUCGAUUGA